UAGAAAAAAUACCCCUUAGCUACCUGCAUGCCCUCCCCUCCCCUCCUCAUCACUCUCUCUCUCAAACACGCACACUCAAAAAUCACCAAACUCACCCCAGACAACCACCAAACAACUCCCCAAUCUCCACCACCACCUCCUCCUGUAAGUCUUUCUUUCUUUCUCUCUCUGUUUGCAAAUAUUCCUAAUCUAAUUCUUGUUUUCACGUAUAUCUAUCUCUCUAUUCAAUCUUUCCAUACUGUUUUUUAUUCUGUCUAUCUAUCUAUAAAUAAAUCUAUAUGGGCUGCACUGCUAGAGAAAAACAUGUCCGUGCAAAUCGGAGGGUGCCCCGCCCUGCCAAAUACACUGAAUUCGAUCCCUGUAUUUAUGCCAAAACCCUACUUGAAUCGGGUCUCAAACCUUUAGCGUACCAUCUUGGUCUUCACGAUCCAACCCAUAACAACAACAACAACUCCAAUUCUAAUUUUGAUGAUAACGGAUGGGGCUACUGUACUGAGGAGCAAUUGGAAGAAAUUCUUUUAAAAAAUCUUGAAUUCUUAUAUAAAGAAGCUAUUUCUAAGCUUGUUGGAUUGGGUUAUGAUGAGGAUGUUGCGUUAAAGGCAAUCUUGCGUAACGGGUAUUGUUAUGGCGGCAUGGAUGUGCUGACUAAUAUAUUGCAUAAUUCAUUGGCUUAUUUGAAUAGUAAUAAUUGUGGUAGCAGUAGUAAUGGAAAUGUAGAUGAAACGGAGCUUGUUUUUAAUGAUUUAAGGCAAUUAGAGGAGUAUUCCCUUGCGGGUAUGGUUUGUUUGUUGCAACAGGUUAAGCCACAUUUUAGUAAAGGUGAUGCUAUGUGGUGUUUGUUGAUGAGUGAUCUUCAUGUGGGUAGAGCAAGUGCGCUUGAAAUUCCUGUCACGAGUUUUCCGGGGAAUGGGAGUGGUAAUGUUCAGGGUAGUGUAGAGAGUGUUAGUGGGGUUGAUAAUGGGGUUGGUGUGGUGGCACCAGCAUUGUGUAGGUUUCAUGGAGGAUGGGGGUUUGGAAGUGGGGGAGGAUCAGAGUUUUCACCUGAUGGGUUUUUCUCAUAUAGUGCAGAAAUGACUUUGCAAAAGGAUAUUGAGUGUCCUAAAAGGUUUAAUCUAUCGCCUUCAAUGAAGUCUUUAUUGAAAAGGAAUGUUGCAAUGUUUGCUGCUGGUUUUAGAGCUAAUUCGAAACAGAUGCAGAUGCAACCUCGGGUGCAAGUUCAGGCUUGUGUGAGUGUUAGUGCAGGUGGGGAUGCUGCCUCAGUUGCAAAGGCAGAUGAAGGGAUGAUCAAGAAGGGUGAGGAGUCUCAUGAUUCAAAGAACAAAGAAGGAAUUAGUUCAAUGCUGAGCAAGCUUCAAAAUUUGAAGCUUGAUGAGGAGCUUGUAGGAGAAGAUCAGAAGGAUGAUAUGAUAGUCACCCUGCUUCAACAUAUAAAGGAUUUGGAUAAACAAGUGAAGGAGCGGAAGGAGUGGGCGCAUCAGAAGGCAAUGCAAGCUGCCAGAAAGCUUAGUAGUGAUUUAACAGAGCUUAAAAUGUUGAGGAUGGAAAGAGAGGAGACCCAGCGAUUAAAGAAGGGGAAACAGACUCUGGAGGAUUCAACUGCGAAGAGGCUGUCUGAGAUGGAGAAUGCUUUAAGGAAGGCUAGUGGUCAAGUGGACUGGGCAAAUGCAGCUGUGAGACGGCUAGAGACAGAGAACGCAGAAAUCAGGGCAGAGAUGGAGGCUUCUAAGUUAAGUGCAUCAGAGUCAGUAACAACAUGUUUAGAGGUAGCGAAGAGGGAGAAAAAGUGCCUGAAGAGGCUUUUGGCUUGGGAGAAACAGAAAACUAAGCUGCAGGCUGAGAUUGCAGAUGAGAAAGAGAAUAUCAAGGAGUUGCAACAAUGUUUGGCCAAUAUUGAGCAUGCUCAGAAAGAAGCUGAGGUGAAGUGGAGGCACGAAGUGAAGGCGAAAGAGCAGGCUUUGGCCCUAGUGGAAGAGGAAAGAUGCUCCAAGGAAGCGACCGAGGCUGAGAAUAAAAGGAAGCUGGAUGCUCUGCGCCGUAAGAUAGAAAUCGACUUCCAGCGCCACAAGGAUGAUCUCCAAAGACUUGAACAAGAGUUUUCACGUCUGAAAUCUGCUGCAGAGUCCACUGAGCUGAAUUAUCAAUCAAAUGCAUUACCAUCAGGAAAGUCUGAGAGGACAAAGCCCCAAGGAGGAACAAUUGCGAGGUUGCUUCAUGAAAUAGAGAAACUGGAAAAUUCAUCCGAGAAAGGAGCCAACUGUGACCGGAAAUGCAUGAUUUGUAUGAAAGAUGAAGUCUCUAUUGUUUUACUUCCUUGUGCUCACCAAGUUAUAUGUGCAAAUUGCAGUGGCAAUUACGGGAAGAAGGGGAAAGCUACUUGUCCGUGCUGCCGGGUUCCAGUUGAACAGAGAAUACGUGUUUUUGGUGCGAGUUCAUAGUCAUAGUUUGAAAUAAGAAUAAAAAGAAAACACAGGUUUUCCCCUGGUAUGCUUGAUAUUAUGCAUCUUAAUACUUGCAGUCAAUGGGAAUUUUUUUUUUUUUCCCCGACAUAUACAUGUCUUACUGCUGGUGCUUCAGAAAAAUACACCUGAGGAUGGAUGUAAAUAAGAACCGAGUUUGAGUCAGGCUCGUGUUUUUAGCCUUGAAAUGAGCAAAAAGUAAUUCUGCGUUGUUGUUUCCA